AUGCUGCUCAAGGUGAAACGCCCGGACGAGUGGGAAACCUUAAAUGGUAAUUGGUCCUGCAACGGCCGCAAACAAUCACCAAUUAACAUUAUAACUGAUCAGGUUAUACAAAAGGAUCCUACCAACCCACCUAACCUGAGGCUCACUGUGGCGGGAAAUAAACCAAUCACAGGUGAGUUUAGAAACAACGGAUACGCGCCAACUUUUUUCCUUGGAGAGGAGCUGACAGUCAAGCUGGCCGGCGGUCUACUGCAAGAGAACUACUUUCUGAAGCAGUUUCAUUUUCACUUUGGCUGUAAUGACACUGUUGGAUCUGAACAUACAAUUGACGGGAACACGUAUCCAAUUGAGCUUCCAAUGGCAAACAUCAAGACAACUCCACCAAACGUUGCAUUAGAUAAGAUUGCGCAACUGCUGAACAACAUUGUCGAUGAAAACAGCAAUCACGUGGUUACUCAAAGCGCAGCGAUUCACAUCGAGGACUUAGCACCACUGCUCGUUUCCCCGGAUGUUGCCGACAGGUUUUACAAAUACAAAGGAUCUCUCACAACUCCUGGAUGUUAUGAAUCUGUCACGUGGUUUGUCAUGAACAAUCACCCUCAAAUAACCGAGAAAGAGGUNAAUUGUUUGUUUUCUUAUAAACAGACCAGCUUGCAAAGCUAG